UACAUCCACUCUUUCAAAACAAUCCCGAUUUUGAUAAAAAUGAAAUUUUCGAUUUUUUUCACCUAGUUAAUCACCUAAUUUUUAACCGAAAGCAUCAUUUCCUUACCAUGGAAAGAAUGCAGGAAUCUCAUGAAUUGAUGCAGGUGCGCCAGGACUACAAUUUGGCUAACCACUUGCUAGCUGAGAGCGCUGAGGCAACUACACGUCGCAGCUCUAGUAGGUCCAUAAAACGUAAAAAGUUUGAUGAUGAAUUGGUAGAGUACAGUCGAGGGAUGGCAGGAGUAUCAAAUAUAAAGAGUGGUCGUGCACGCACAUCAACCCAAAACUAUCAAACAGAUUAUAUGCCGGUAAAUUCGCCAUCUGCACCAGUACCUCAAGCACCUACUAUAACCCCACAUAUACCAGAACCAAAAAGAAAAAGCAUCUCCAAGUCAACUCCGAGUACUUCAAAGGGAAAAAAGAAAAGCGCCCCAAAAAGCCACUUAACCACUAAAGAUUUGGGGCGCUGGAAACCAAUAGAUGACUUAGCCCUCAUAAUAGGUGUUCAGCAAACAAACGACUUAAAAACAGUACACUUGGGAACAAAAUUCUCUUGUAAAUUCACUUUGCAAGAGUUACAGUCUCGCUGGUACGCUUUGCUGUAUGAUCAAGCCGUUUCGAGAGUUGCCGUUUCGGCAAUGAGAAAUUUACAUCCGGAUAUGGUUGCGGCCGUUCAGGAUAAAGCAUUGUGGAGCCAAGAAGAGGAAAACGUUCUCAGCACUGUGAAAUCUAGUGUUAAUCCCACCCUUGAGACUUUUGCGGAAAUGUUGUCAAAACAUUCGGAUGUGUUUUAUAAUGGCAGAACAGCAAAUUCACUAUUUAGGCAUUGGCAAAGCUUGAGAAUGUAUCACUUGUUGCCUGAUCAGACAGUUAGUCCAAUUCCCUCUUCUGGAAGACCUAUUAUGAGUUUCAAUGAUGCUGAGGAGCUCAUAAAUGAUUCUGAAUUAACUGAUUCACAAGAUGAUACAUUGGAUAAAGAGCUGAAGCUUCAGCAUAGAAGAAACAUUCGAGAGAUCCGCCAUUUGGAGAACGAAAUUGGCAGAUGGAACGUUUUAGUUGACAGUGUGACUGCUAUGUGUCCAGGAGAACUGGAUAGUCAAACUUUAGCAGUUUUAAGGGGUAGAAUGGUGCGGUAUCUGAUGAGGUCAAGAGAAAUAACUAUAGGGAGAUCUGGUAAGGGCCAGAGUGUGGAUAUUGACUUAUCAUUGGAGGGACCUGCUCAUAAAAUUUCCAGGAGGCAAGCUACAUUAAGGUUGAGAAAUACAGGGGAGUUUUACUUAUCAUCAGAAGGGAAAAGACCAAUCUUUGUGGAUGGCAAACCUAUUUCAGCUGGAAGCAAAGUACGCCUUUAUGAUAAUGCUGUUGUAGAAAUAGCAUGCUUAAGAUUCAUUUUUUCUAUUAAUCAUGAUCUGAUUAGGGCAAUCCAUAAUGAGAGUGUAAGAUACAAUUUACCUCCUUAAGAAAAAUAUGUAUUAUUGAGUUUCAGACUUUAAUGUGUAUAAUUUUAUUAGUAUUAGCAAAGUUUACAGAACAUUAAAUAUUAUAUUCUGUAAACUUUGGUAUAAGUAUGUAUCUUUGUCAUGCUUUUAGAAAUUAAAUAAUUGUAUGAAAUAAAGUUCUUUUAGAAAAACAAA